CAGGACGCUGUUGUUAUUAUUCUUGAUGUCAGCCCUUCAAUGUGUCAAGCAGCACCUGGCCAUGCUACUUCCCUGGAGACUUCCGUGAAGGCCAUCAACAUGAUCAUACAGAGGAAGGUUAGAAAGUUCUGUUUAACAAGCCCUCGAGCUCCUGGCCAUUUGAUUUGAUCAAAGUAAUCACCAAAAACAGGGCUAAAAAAUAAUGGUCAGUCAAACGACAAUGUCUGACCAAGAUGACCAUUUGUCACUUUACUGGCCAUGUAAAUAAGUGCCAAAAGAAAAACACAUUUCACACCAUUAAGUUUUAAGAGGACAAGCUUUUUUUUCACUGUAUGUUUUUGCUUUUUAGGAUUGCAUUAACUUUUUGACCAGUCAGGAGAGAGUUGUGAACGAGCUAAAAUUUCUUUGGCGCGUUGACACGACCAACAACAGUCCCAAAUUUAUUUUGAGCCUUAAAAAAUGUUAGUAGUGGUUAUGUUCAUCACUCUUCUGAUUCAGGUUUUUGGGUUUAAAAUAUUUUUGUAAAAGGUUGAGAGGCUUGGGCUUAAAUGUUUACUUAAACAGGAUCAUCACAUUUGUAAUUUUCUAAUUCAAUUUUUAACCAGGUUAUUUGUAUUUUAAUUUAUGAUACUGAGACUGCCCUUACAAAUUUAAUUGUGUGCUAUUUUUCUUUAGAUGUUUGCAAACACAAAGGAUGAAUUUGCUCUAGUCCUCUUUGGUACUGAAGGUAUGCAGCAUAAUAAUCAUACAACUUUUAUAGUUUCUCACCCAUUAAGAGUCAAAUUUUUUAGCCAGAGUUUUUACUCCUCCUUCACAGUUUCAUAAUUUACUUUAUUUCUCUCCUGUCCUCCCAUUCCCUACCAUUUAACAGGCUACCCUCCCCCACGCCUUGUGAGGUUCUAAUAAGUGGUUAUGUGGAAGUGCCUGUAAGUUUAAAAAACAUGCCUGUGAAACUCUUUCCAUAAAUAGACCCAACCAUUUUUAAAGAGUGUGUUAACCCUUUACCCCCCAAGAGUGCCAAUUGGCAGUCGGUAGUUUUUGCACGGAGAUCCCAAGAGUGCCAAUUGGCACUCUUUUGGUUGCUAUGUUUAGACCAAUAGAAUCCUUUCUUAUAGUCAGCCAUUCGUUACUAAGGGGUUUUGACCAAUCAGAAAGAGGCUAAGAACGAUGUUUGCAAUCAUCGCGUGGGUCUCGUUUCAUACAAGAUUUGUGAGAAAUUUUAUGUUGAAAAUUUACAAUGGCGGCUCGAAUCAGGACUUAUCUGUGUGGCACGAUUCGAUCAAAUCGUCACGGCUUGCCUGCAUCUUUGUUGCCGAAGAACGCCGAAGUAAAAGCACUCAGGAAAGGAGAGUCAAGGUUCCGCCGUCGUGGAAAUCUGGUGGCCUCAGUUUGGAAGGAUACCAAACUGGUAUCCUUUCUUAGCACGCAGUCGAAUCCUGUGGGCGACGAUCACGUAAACAGAAAGCAGCGAGAUGGUUCUAUUAUCGAAGUCCCGACUGUUCCUACUGCAGUCAGCUACAACAGCAACAUGGGUGGCGUGGAUUUGAACGACCAACAUCGCAAGUAUUAUUCUGUGGGACGCAAAUCACGCAAAUGGUGGCGAUAUCUACUUUGGUUUUGAAUAGAUGUGAGUAUUGUUAAUGCUCACAUCUUGGAGAAAGAAGCGCUCAAUCACUUGUCCCGUUCGCAAAUGUACUUCAGACUAGAACUAGCAAAGAUGCUUAUCGGCGACUUUUCUUCCCGCUCGCUCUCUGUUUCUGAUGGGAGAAACACAGAUGGCCACUGGCCUAAGGCAGCAAGCAAGGGACGUUGUAAGAGAUGCUUGAAACGAAAAAUAGUUAAGUUUUGUAGAUUGGCGUGCACGUCUUGCGACAAACGAAUUUGUUUGGAGUGCUUCCCAAACCACACCCAGACAGAUCUGUAAUGGCGCGAAUUUUGAAAUCACCUCAGUGUUACUGUGAAGAAGUUUUGCCAGAUAGCUGUGCUUUCUGUGCACAAAACAUUGCUUCCAUAAACUUUGUGAAGAAAAGGUAUUCCAAACAUGCAUCUUUUGUGAUUUUUUCCAUGACUUUGGCCUUUUAUCAUUGUAAAUAUAGUGCUGUUAUUGUUGAGAAGAACUGAACAUUGCCUAAAGAAUGACACGAGACAGUUUGCAUAAUUUUGACUUGCAUUUAUUCAGUUUGUAACGUGAAUUUUUAACAUAAGAUUACAUAAAUAAAAAGUUUAUUCAAUUCCCAACAAAGUUUCUUUCUACUGUGUUGUUGUGCAAUGCUUAGUUUUCUCCCUAGAGAGCUUUUUGUGAAGCCACCUCAAAUCACUCUCAUUUUGGCCAUUGGCCAUUGGCCCUUGGGGAAAAGGAGUCAUGCAUCUCAUUAGUCCCUUGGGGGGUAAAGGGUUAAACUCUCCUUGAUAAUAAACCCUACUGCAAACAUGUCCUUUCAAAAAUCAGAUAUAUGCUGUUUGGGAUUUGACAGCUUCUCUCAUUCUUUAUUUUGUUAGGAACGUCAAAUAGAUUAAAUGACAAGAUGGAAGCUGGCUAUGAGAAUAUUACUGUUGCUCGCCAUCUUGGCUUGCCAGACUUGGAAAUGCUUCAGUUUGUUCACAGUCAGAUCACGCCAGGUAGACUGCUCAGCUGAGGCCAGUCAAUAAAUAAAAUUAGUGAUCUGAAAGUAUGUGUAAAAGCAAUUUUACUGUCACACCAGUAAAAUGUGGUUAAUGGAAUGUGAAGGUACAAUGAAGGACAAAAGUGUUGAGACACUUCCGUAAAAUGGCCCCUUUCUGCAUAGUGGACAUACCUAUACCCUUCCCCUGUCUACCCCAACCCCCUCCCCCCAAAAUCUAUGUUGUAUUUUGGACCUUUAAGUCUUUCUUUUACUUCAGACAACGUUGAUUCGGGGGAUGAGGGGGUUUACGGCGUUUAAAAGGAAUGAAAUAAUAAAUGAAUUAAAUGUUUGAUAAAAGCACCCAUUUUAAACAAGUGUGUCAACUACUUUUGUCCCUGAUUGUAGUCAUCAGUAACACUUUUAUGGUGGUCUUUUUUUCAGUAAAGCAAUAAUAUUGUGUAGUCAAGUUGCCAAGGUCAGCAAGCUCUAAGAUACAUUGUAUGCUAGCCUAGAACUUUAGACGCCCUUGUUGUCUUUAGCAGGCUAGUACAAUCCACAGCAUUGGCGAAUUUUUUAAAAGCACUAUUCAUGGCUAAGAGUUUGCACGUGCAACGCUGAACUGUCUUGUAGUACAGUCUUUUCUGUCUUGGUCCAUAAAAACACAAAAAGAAGCUGUUUUGAUCUCACACUUGGUCAGUAAUGCAAAUAAAUUAAUAUGUAUUAAUAUUAUUUAAUUACAGGCAAUGUUGAAACAGACUGUAUCCUUUGACUAUAAGACCUUUUAAUGUCAGUUGUAUAAACAGUGUUAACAGAAACCUAACAAAAAUGCGCCUGUUUUGGAGAAAACCAGGAAAAAAAGUGGCCCAGUCUCACAUUUAUACUCAAUUAUUUGUGUGUUUGGCAAUAAGAAAUGGGGUGUGGAGUGAAGCCACAAGUGACAAAUAAUAAACUGCCAGAUUCUCCUUUUAGUUAUCUCCUUAUAUGCUUGCAAAUCAAAGGCAGAAUUUGACAUAAGAUCUGGUGUCACUGGGAUUCUUCUGUGCACCUGUUCUUAUCCACUUGGUAUUAAAACAUGAUUCUGACUUUUGAGAAUGUAAAGAAAGUUGUGUCUGAUAGCCUGGGACUAGUGGAUUUUGGGAUUGGGCAAGUGAAUUCUGUUCUUAUAACUUCCUGAUGGGCAAGUGACAUUUUUUGGGGGGAAUUCAUUACAGAGGUACAGAAAGACAAAUGGUUUAAAUUUCUAAUAAAUUCAUGUGGAUCGAAACCUGUUUUCUAAGCUGAUUUAACAUUAAAUUUAUAAUGCUAAAAAUUAAAUAAUUUAAGGUGCAAUAAUAAAUGGCGAGUAAUUAUUUAUCUUGCUCAUCAAAAUUUUUCAGGCCAGUUAAAAUGACUCUUGUGCUAGUACAUACUUUGCUCCUUGUCUGUUCCUUAACUGAUCUUAAGUUAUUGAUGCUAUUGUUGUUGGCAUGGACUUGUUACGUGAAGAGGCAAAGUGAGACAACUUAACUAUAUCUGUUACGUUCAAAUUAAUACAGUCAACUCUCACCUUGUGGACAUCUCACUGUAAUGGACACCCCGAUAAUACGGAUGGCUGCUAAAUCCCAGACAAAAAUGAAUGGAAGAUGUUUGACUGAAAUAAACUCUCACUAUUAGGACGCUAGCUUUACAGCGGUUCCUACAGUGUUGGCUAUGAAGAGAGUUGACUGGAAUUUCCCUAAUUUUAUUCUCAGAGUUUGGUAAUGUAAUUUCAUUUUUUCAAACAGAAUUUUAGUCAUGUGUAAUAAUAUUUUAUAUUAUUUUUGGUUACGUCCUGAAAUGCUUAUCAUUGACAAUGGACUUGAGUUAUAAUUAUCAUCUCUAUCUAUUAGAUUAUUUUUUAUCUCCCACCCAACUAUCCACCCAUUUAUAUAUUUAUUUAAUAUUUAUUUGAAUUAAUUGAUUUAUUUCAGUGUCAAGUAUGAUAAAAAGAUUUAUUUAUUUUCUGAUCUGGGAUCUCCCUUUGGUAAUGACCAGCUGGAGACAAUCACUAACGGUUUAAAGAGCCUGGAGAUUCACCUUACAUUAAUGUGAGUAGUUUACCUCAGUCUGGUAAUAAUAAAAAAAUAAUAUUAUAAGUAUGAGAAAUUUUACGCAUACCGUGCAACUGGUUUGUUGAUUAAAUCUGGCUGUGUACAUACAGGGUUGUCAAAAGUAGCUGGCUGCUGGCGAAAAUUGCCGGCUACUUGGUUAGUAUCAGCAGGCUACUCUGCUUAGCAUUUCUUCACAGAUGGCAUUUUUUAAACUGGCUGUUUACUUUGACGACUCAGCCGUCUACUUCAAAUCUGACAACCCUGGUACAUACAACAGUCUAUAUUGAAAAAUUCUAUGAAACAUAAUUUUAUGAUGCAUGUUAUAAUGCAUAGAUUGUUUUAGUAUCAUUAUAUGGCAAUGUGCUCUUUCCAUAUUAAACAGUGGACCAGAUCUUUAUGAUGACAGUACGUCAGACACUGCUGGUGGAAGUGAGGGUGAUGAUAGUGGUCCUACAACUUCUGCUGGACUUCACAGAAAGGAGAAGACACCACAACAGGUUAUCGUGUUUUCUAAUUAAUUUGAAGAAAAAAAUGAUAUUUCUGAACCUGAACGGGAAUGGACAUUAAAACUGUGUGAAUGCAUUUUAAGAUCCUUUCAUUGAUUGCUGGUUGUUCCUUAUUCAAAUGAUUUGUCCUGUGCUCUGAACAGAUUCUUAUGAGUGUUAUAGUGUCCAUUUUGCCAUUCAUGGUUAUAUGGCAUUCUUGUUAUUCUGUGUUGAUUAAGACCCGUAGUUACUAAAACCCGGAACGACCCACAACGAUCCACAACGAUCCACAACGACCCACAACGAUCCCACAACGAUCCACAAUGACCCACAACGACCCACAACGAUCCACAACGUUGUGUUACAUAAACUGGAACUGACUGAGGACAAUUUACGCCCAUGUGAUUUUGUUAUAUAAUACGUUUUCCUUCAAGUGUGGCACGGAAAUUUGUUUUCGUUUAUUUGACUGUCUUUUCGCUAGCUAAGGAUUCCUUUCUAAUUUUGUAUCAUUUCGCAAUUUUUAGCUUCAGAUUACCACAUAACUACGUUCUACCGCGUUGUUUUAAUAAAUACUGAAAAUCCAGCCUUUGCCGUGGUUUUGCUCCUUUGACCCAUCGGCCCAGCACUAUUUUAAAUAACGUCAACGUACCAUUCAAAUAUACAUGAGGUCUCUGCCUGUAAAGGGAAGCAAUUACGUAACAAUGGAACUCGUGGUAGAUAUAUACAUGAGAUCUCUGCCGUCUUGAUGGUCAUUGUCAUAACACUGCAAUCCCAGUUUCGUUUUAUAGCGCAGAAAUGUUUACGGAGAACAAAGCUGAUGAAAAAUGUGUCUUAUGCAUAUCUUUAUUCGAUGGUCGGCUAAAGAGACAUCGAUCGGACAUACAAAUGUGUCUCUGAAUGGAGAUUCUUUCUCGUGAAAAGCUGCAUUUGCCCAUUUAUUUUGUCCUGUUUUUACCAACCCUAUGAAUGUGUUACCGGACUAUCAAAGGUAUUCUGGGUAGUUGUGAGUCAUUAUGUUUGCUAUUCAGUAUGCUUUUCAAUUUUUGGAAAAAAUUCAAAAGUUAAGUUUUUGAUAUUUUUUUCUUGGGUGGUUUCUUUCGUUGUCGUUUUGAGAUCGUCCUCGGUCGUUUGAAGAUCGUUGUGGAUCAUUGUGGGUCGUUGUGGGAUCGUUGUGGGUCGUUGUGGAUCGUUGUGGAUCGUUGUGGGUCGUUGUGGAUCGUUGUGGGUCGUUCCGGGUUUUAGUAACUACGGAUUAAGACCAGGUGUUCAUAGUCAUGUAAUAUUAAAUACUUGCUUUCUGGCCAUAAAAUACCCGAAAGAAAGCAAGACCAAGCAUCUGAUAACACUCCACAUAAGUAUUAUCCAGUAAAGAUUCAAAUGUGAUUACUUUUAAAGACAAAAAUGUUUAUUUUUGUAGGUAGCAGGAGAGAACUGCAUGAGACAGUUGUUAGAGACCUUAGAUGGAGAGACUUAUUCCCUCAGGUGAUUAUUUGUAACCAAGGUGAUUAAUUUUGUAUGAAAUAACGUGCACAAAAGCCAAUUCUCAACAUUAGUAUGACAAUACCUGUGAAGCAGAGCAGACAGCUAGCACAACAAUAUGUAGGUGACAUAAUAUGAACAUACUGUUGACAAGUCAGACUAAGUUAUACAGUGUGCAUGAAUGUUUUGCUUCAAUUUUUCUUUGGUUUAAUAUUUAUUUUCCUUUGUUUCAAGCUCAUUAUUAUACAAAUUACUGAAAAAGUAAAAUUAAACCACGGAUAAAACUGAACCACAACACAUAAUUAUCUUGUUUUCCAAUAUACCAGUUCAUAUUGAUUUUGUAGGGAGGACAUGGUGCAUAUGACCUGUGCUGUGACUAAAUUUUGCUCCAAUCCACUUCAGCAAUCAUUGGGUGCCAGUAGGUCAGACAUGGGAAGCUGUCACUUCAUUAUCUGCUCCCAGAAUACUAACAGCAGAAAUGGUACCUAAAAAGUAAGAGUGCACGCCCAAUGGGGAUGGCGAGGGUGGGAAAAAUAUUCAAUUUGGACUUCACCCUUGGACACAAACAGUACUGGAAAGCAGGAAUCAUCAUCAAUAACAAACUACUAGUCCAUGUACUGCUCAUUAUUUUAUUGCAUGAUACAUUUUUUUUUCACUUUUUAGUCAUGUCCUUCCAAUGCUGAGUUUUUUCCAGACCAGAUCAGUCAAACAAACCACAGUAUUCAGAGGACCACUGGAGAUUGGUUCCCAGUUGAAAAUAAAUGUCUAUGGUUAUAUCAGGGUAUGCUGCAGUGUCUUUUAAGAUUGCUUAAAAUACUGCAUGCUGUACUGUAUGAAAUCAAUAGUAAUUUUAGGCAUGGGUUAGUUAUUCAAUAUUCAUACAUAUGGGUUGCCAAUGAUAAGUAACUGGACCUGACAAAUGCUUAUUAUAAAUUAUUAGCAAAACUCUCAAAGAAUGUUGAAAAACUAGAGGAAAUGGAAAUUAGCAACAACAAUAUUGUUAUGUUAAUGCAACACAAAAAGACAUUACAAGAAGGAAAAUAUGAUUUUUAGUGAAGUGAAGUAAAAGGGAGUAUUUUGUGAUAAAGUGGAACCUAGGAACAAAGGAUAUAAAGGGAAAAAAACUCUUCCAUAGAACCUCCUCUUCCAUCACCACUAAGGAAAAGGAAAUAAAGCUUUGGCACAUGGUACGUACACCCCCUGGCAACACCCAACUGUGUGGGGUAAUUUAUAACAUGGUUACUUGUGUCAAAUACAGUAAAAACCCAUGAGUAAGAACCUACAUUUUCCAGGGUUAGCCUAAACAGGUUCUUACAUAAAUGGUGUGGUUAACAUAAAUUUAGGCUAUCUAGGUUCUAAUAGGUUCUUAAUUUCUUGCAAAAAAUUAUGUUGUUGCUAAGAAGAUUUUAGUGAUCAGCACCCUUAAAUUUGCAUAUGUAACGAUUGCUUAUAUUUUAAUAUGACCAUAAUAGAGAUCUAUUCUCACAUGAAUUUUAAUUUCUCGAGUCAAAGCAACUUUAUAUACAUGAUUGUGCUGUAAAACACAACAUUAUAAACAUUUUCUCAAUGACCUCAAUCAAACAACAUUUAUAUAUGUACUAACUUGCCUUUUGCAAUUGCAAUUAGUAAAUAUUUUUAAAUGAUUUUUGAAAAUAAGAACCUUUCUCCAAAUUUUAGGCUAAAGAGGUUCUUAUAUAGAGGGGGUCUAAAUUGCAAAUUUUAGCCUAACAGGUUCUUAAAUCUUAGGUUCUUACUCGUGGGUUUUUACUGUACAUCAUUCCAGAGAGAUAUCAAAGGGAGUGCUUAUCAACAGAGAUUACCAGAGCUAUGUCUCAGUGUAAUGAAAAUAAUGGUUAUCUAACAGUGCAUUUUUUACUAAGGUAAAGGAAGAAAAACUAGCAACAUGGAAAAAGCUCUCAGCCGUAUCUCAAAUGUCUGCAAACCCUGAGACCAUGGAGGUACAGAUGCAGAGAUCAUAUCAUUUGAAUGACGAGGAUGACACAGAAGUGGACAAGGAAAAUGUUGCACAAGGUGGACACUAAAUGUACAUGAUUGUAUUCAGUACUUAAGUAGGUUAUCAGUCACAAGUUACUUAUUCAGUCAGUCUGAUGGCCAGUUAGUUACUUGACAGUCAGUUAGACAGGCUGUCAGUAACUCAACCAGACAGUCAUUAACCAUGUCGGUCAGUCACUCUGUUGGGCAGUCAGUAACUUAGUUGGACAGUCAGUCACUCAGUCAGUUAGUCAGUCACUCAGUAACUAUGUCAGUCAGUUAGUUGCUCUCCCCCCUUUCCCUUCCCUUUCCUUGCUAUUUUUUUCCCAAAUAGAGAGCCUUUUCACAGGCUAAGCAGUCAGUAACAGGGUCAGUUGAAGUUGGGCAGUCAGCAACAGUGUUUGAAAAAUUAAUAAUAUGCACUAGAUGAUAAUCCACUAAUGUUCAAGGCCUUCUCUAGGUUAUCGCUACGGUAAAACACUGGUUCCAUUAACAAGGAUUGACAAGGACAGUAUGAAACUGCCCACAGAACGAUGUCUGUCAGUGCUGUGUUUUACUUCAAAUGAAAAUGUAAGCGAUAAAAUCAUGAUUACGACCUAGCAGAAAGUUCUUAAGUAACCAACAUUUUGAUCCUCCCUCCCCCCAUUUUUGUUGUUAUGUUCUUCAAGACAAUGUUAAUUAAACCCGGUUUUUGUGAUAUCUGGAAUGAUCAAGAUCAUAGAUAAGUUGGCCUGAAUGACACUUACCUCAACCUGGAUUGUUCCGAUAUCACAAUAACCUCAUCCAGUUGUAACAUACUUGAAUAAGUGCCACAGCACUUAUUAAAUUUUUCAUUCCUCAAGUGUGGUGCUUAUUCGAGGGCGGUGCUUAAUCAGGGGCAGUGCUUAUUCGAGUAAAUACAGAGCUAUCAUUAUCAAAACAUAGUUAAGCCCAGUAUCUGUGAGUAUAGACAAUAGUAAACAUGCAUAGUCAUAUUAAUUUGUACCACAGGUACAGAGAUACCAGUACGCGGGAGAGAAUGUUGUUGCCUUCGUUCCGCAGCCUGGUGACCAGGUAUUGUUGUGUUUAUAUACCAGUAAUAGACAAUGACCUGAGAUGCCCUCUUGCAUGGCACCAUCAGGAGGCAUAGGUUUGCAUGUCACUUCAAUGCCUAAAUUAUUUGUUCAUGUCUUCUGUCACUGUUUGGUUUUUACCAAUAAUUAUUCAUUUUCUUCUUUUUUUGUUUCUACUGAAGAAAAAACUGAAGAAAAACUUUGUUUCACAAUCAUCCUUGUUUCUCUCUGUUUUGACCAUCAGGUGCUUUUUUUUUCUAUAGUUUUCAUUUUUUGGUGGUGUCCAUGAUGAUCAUGCAUAUUCCAGCGAAAGACAGUCUUUGUAUUUUAGUGCUUUUCCACCUUAUCUGACUGUUUGAAAGCAUGAAUUGAGGUCAGGUUUUGAAUUACAACCCUUCAUAAGCUUUGGAGACCACCCUCUCUGUUUUCCCCAAUUAAAUUCUGUCAUUAAUGAAUAUAGAUUUAAAAAAUAGUUACUAUAAUUUAAUUAUUUUUAGCAUGCUGCAGUUGCGCUGUCAGCAUUCAUAAAUGGCAUGUAUGAAUUAAACACAGUGGCUAUUGUGCGAUACUGCAGAGCCAAAAAUGCUGCGCCCAAGCUUGGCUUCCUGGCUCCUCACAUUAAACAAGACUAUGAGGUAACAACAUUAAGAUUAUUGUACUUAAAUUUCAUUUCAAAAGUUAGAAAUUAAUGAAAUAGUGACAUCAGGUCUUAUUAUGCAUAAUCCUAUGUCAGUGAAAUCCUAUUGUUUGCAUUAAGACUUGAAAAACAAGAUGUUUAUAAACAGAUUUUAAAAUAAAUGAAAAAAAUAAAAUAAAAUAAAUGCACUUUAUUUGAGUGCCCAUGUAUUUAGCAUGAAAGUACAAAAUUAUUAUUGGGGACACUAUUCUUUAUGUCUCCAACGAGAGAUGGGACCAACAUUUUACUUGGAGCAAGAGCAGUUUGGUGUUUCAGUACUUGCCACACUGUAACUGUUUUGUGUUUUUAUCCACAGUGUCUUCUGUUCACUGCGCUGCCAUUUGCAGAGGACCUGCGUCAAUUUUCCUUUGCUCCUCUUGAUGCUAACAAGAAAUGGAAACCAACUGGUAAUUUAUACAAUCUAUGCUUAAAUGUAAUUGCAAUAAUAUUAAAUUAGAUCCUAAGAGAGUAUUUUUGAUGCAUGGUUUUUCAGAUGUUACUUAACAACUUGUGUAAUAAUUUAUGGUGCUGUUUAAAUCACUAUGAAAAAUAAAUGGCUUUUCCAAGAAUCAAAUAUGUUCUGCCUCAAACAACUAACUUCAAAGGGUUUUUUUGCAGGAGAACAAGAAGAUGCUAUUGAUAAUCUCAUCACAGUAAUGGAUUUAACAAAUGCACAGUGGUAGGCGACUCUUUAUUGUAUCUGUUGUUUCUCUCUCUUAGUAAGGUAAUUAUAUAUUUUUCAUUAUCUGACAGUGGUGAAGAUGGACAGACCAUAGAGGCAUUAAAAUGCAAAAAUACCUUUAAUCCAGUGCGACAGAGAGUUUUCCAGGUAUGGUUUGUAGAUAGUACGUUUAAAUUCAAAUUACUUAAUUUUUUUUUUAGUCAUGCAGUCAAAAAUGCUUGAACUGAAAGUAAAGAAGGUAUUCUAAUGAUAUCAUAUUUAACACUUUCAGUGUAUUCAGCACCGUGCUCUUAAUCCAGAUGACACAUCUUUGCCUGAUUUGGAGCCGGUUAUUGCAAGGUGAGAAUGCUUAGGGAGCAGGAAAAAAAAAUUGGCAUCAUUCUUAAUUACUACUUUUUCUCAUUUCUGAGAAGUAUUAUUCAAAGCAACUUCUUUCAUACUAUAAUCAAAAAAAUAAUUAGUUAAUUAUCAUCAGUUAACAAAUUACUACAGUGGAACCCCGGUAAUGCAACCACUGUUAGGCCAUAAUCCAACCUUGACCCAUAAAAUCCCAGUCCUAAUAACAAGGUGGUCGUAUUAGCGGGGUCUUCAAAUAAUAAAAUGACUCUGUAAUUUUCACAUUUGGGUCAAAAGAAUAUGGUUGUAAUAACUAGGUGGUCGUAUAAACGGGGUGGUUAUAAGGUGGGGUUCCACUGUAUUUAUUGAUCCUUUAUAAUUCAUCUUUAGAUGUGCUGGAAGUACAAUGAACUUUAAACUUUGAAUUUCUAGUUAUUUAGAGCCCAGUGGCGAAUUCAAAGCAAGAUGUGUCCCACAGUGUACAAAAGUCAAGGUAAGGCUGAUGAAUGAGUGCAAUCCAACAAUAGUUACUCAAACCUCAAUUUAUUAAUUUGAAUUCUUGAUUACAGUGAAACCUUGAUAACUCAAACUUGAAUAACUCAAAUUCCCCGCUAACUCAAACUAAAUUUCCUUUCCCUUGAUCAAAAUUUCACUGAAACUUACCCCGAUAACUGGAAUUCCCAGCUAAUUUGAACUGUUUCUCAUUUCCCUCCAGAAUUCAAGUUACUGGGGUUCUACUGUAUCUACAGUUGUUUUUCAUGUCUGAAAUUGUUUGAUAUUCCUUCACAGUGUAGUUAAGUUGCUGUAAUUCAGGGUGCAAAGAAAGUUAUUUUUACAGCUUGCCAUUCAGGCAAGCUGAAGCUAACAUUAUUUUACUGGCUCAAACAUCAUUUCAACUAGCCCCAAAAACGUUUUGAUGAGCAGAUUGAUUUCACAGUUCUUCUGUUAUUUGAAUUCCUCAAAAAACUGCACUUGCCUGUCGGGCAAGUUAAUAACAGAAUUCACUAGCCCAAUAGCAAAAUCCACUAACCCCGUGCUAUGGGACACUACUUUCUCUGCUUGCUGCUGUAAUUGCAUAACCAGCAUUUUUAAGUGUACCAGUAUUCUGGAUAGCUGGUUAAUAACUAACUAACUACUAAAAUCAGUUUUAGUGCUUUAGUGAUACUGUAUUAAUGUUUAUUGAUAACAUUUUUUUUCAGGAUAUGUUCCAUCUAGAAAAAGUUGAGAAGAAAAAAGAAACCACAGCUGAAAAUGUCUUCAGAUCCAUGUAAUUGUUCUAUUAAUUUUUCCGUCGUUCCAUUGCCUGUUUUGUAGUGAAAUACUUAAAUAUUAUUAAUGAUUUUAUUCAUUUACUUAACUUCAGUAGAGAUGUUGAGCGGAAUGGGGAACCUUCAACAAGCACAACAGAUGACCAUGAUGAAACUGAUUUUAGCAUGGCAAGCUUGGCAAAGGGAGAGGUUACACAGGUAAAGUCGACACUUGGCACUAUGUUGAAUUUUUCCAUCUCCUUUUAUAUAAAACAAAUUGAUAUUUUAUUAUGUAAUUUGCAGUACUGUAGACCUUUCCUACAUUCCUGUAAACAAAAACACCAACUUGCGGUUUAGGGUUUAAUACAAAAAUACUGACGAGUUUCUACAAAAGACAUCAUUCUUUAUUUAUGAUACACAUGAUGCUUUUGACAUUGCUGAUCCCAGUGGUACUCAGGAUGCAUAUCAUACAUGAACGUUCUAUGUGGCCUACAAUGUUGGACAAAACUGUUGAGAAAAUUGCAUACUUGGGGGGCAUUUUUUCUAAACUUCAUAGCCGACCAUUUCUUCCCUCUCCCCUCCCCCUGAAAGCAGUGUUGUUGGGUCUUCAAAAGAAAGCCGGAUCUCUAAGCAUUUGUAGGAAGCAACUCUGAAUUGGGGAGGGGGUUUUCUUUACGCAAAGCCGUUGAUUUGGAAAUAGUUUUGUUGCGUUAGGUAGUGCGCAUUAAUGAAAACAUUUUCUCAAGUAGUUUUGUCCAGGAUUGUAGCUUGCCGCAAGUACUUUGUAGCUCAGUGGUUAACGCAUGUGACCGGUGUGUGGAAGGUCAUAGGUUCAAUUCUUGCCAGGGACUCAGAUUUUUUCUUUGUCUCACGCUCAUGACGUGAUGAUCACAUUUUUUAUUUCUUCACUGAGCUUAAAAUUUACUAUCGUUCUUUGUUUAUUGCAGACAAGUGAUUUGCAUAAAAUUGUCGCCUCAAGCCUUGACCUUAUUUCUUUGAGUAGAGUGUGGCUAAAGGUCAUAGCUGUUGCUUCUGCAUCAUAGGAUGUUUUUAAGUGGUUGUGCAGUGUCGGCUCAUUUGAUUUUUUCAGUAUAUACCACUCAUUUUCAGGUUGGUACAGUUGAUCCUGUUGGAGAUUUUCGAGCCAUUAUUAGUCGAAGGGAUGAGGAUAAGUUUGAUGAAGGUGAGUGUCCUGUGAAAACUGAGGAUGUUUUCAAAACUUUAUAAGCUGCUUGAAUUUUCAUGUUAAACCAUUUUAUUUGUUUUUAUUUGAAACUAACAGCUGCCAAACAGAUGAGAGAACGGAUUGUGCAGUUGGUGCUAGAUUCCUUUGGAGAUCAAUUCUAUGGCAAAGCAUUGGACUGUGUAAAGGCUUUGAGAGUAGAGGCUAUCAAGGUAGAGAUACCACCUGGAUACCCAGAUGACUGUCUUUUGAACCAGUGUGAUGGCAUUAUAGUUAAUUUGUCUUAAUUGUUUCAAUUUUGUCUAAAGUUAGCAGAAGCACUUUUGGAGUGCUGCAUAACUCAUGCCUUUGGCUAAAUUUUUAUUGCAGGCUGGUGAAUCGGCCAUGUUAAACAUGUUUCUUCAAGAAUUUAAAGAGAAGAUAAUUAACCAAAGGGGGCAUGAAUUUUGGCUUCUGUUGGUCAAAGGUAGGCACUGCAAUUUGUAGAAGGGUAUGACUAAACAGUGAGUAACAAUACAUUUAAUGAGCAAUGAUUUUAUAAUCAAAUAGUGAAAUAUUUUUUAGUUCAUGGUGUAGCAAAUAUAGUUGUCAGCAGUGCAGAUGUUUUGUGAAGUAGCUGUUGGUUGGUACUCUGCAUGUCUGCUUAAAAUGAAAAUUUUAAAAAUCAAGAUGUUAUAAUAAAAGUUAGCAUGCUGAGUGGCUUUGGUGAAAAUUGCAUGAUCUUACACCGUAUACAUUGUUACUGAAAAAUGGAUACAAUUAUCUUGGUCAGAGCCAGCUAUCACUGAGGGCCGGGGGGAUGGGGAUUUCCCCUCUAGAGGUAAUAUGAGCAUGGCCCUGCCGUGGGCUAUUUUCACAGGAAACCAAAGGAAAUAGAACCAAAGAUGUUUUCGCGACAAAAUGAGGAAACCAAAAGUAAAUUUUAUGAACUUCAAAAGGAGAAAUAUUCUCCCCAUCUAGCCAUCCAUCUACCCCUGUCAACUUUGAAUAAUACAUUCUUUUGUUCUCCCAAGUCACCCUAUUUAAGUACAAUUUCUCAACAAGCUGAAUCCAUCUCCCUGUCUCAUAGUGACAGGCCUGCCCUGGUGUAUGGUAUUGGUUGUACACGGAUAAAAAUAUACAAAGGUGUACUGUAUUAAUUUUUAUUUUGGCAGAAAAAGUAACUUUGAUCACUCAAACUGAAGCCGCUGAUAGUAAUGCUACUGAUGAUCAAGCUAAAGAAGUAAGCUUCUUUGUCUUUGAGGAGAAAUAAUACUACAUGUACUGUCUUCAGUUAUCAUGAGAUACAGUAUCUUAAUCUUUUAACUGUUUAAUAAUAAAAAAGAGAAGAACGAGAAAAACGUGAAUUUAUGACCAUGUCUUUCUCCUAUACCAAGUGUUUUAGAAUGAUAAAUAAUCAUAAAAUGGUUGUUUUUUUUAAUGUUUUAUUUUAGUUUCUAGAAGAUGGGAGAGGUCAGAAAGAAGAAGCCCCAGUUGAUGAUAUGUUGGAGGAUGCUGAUGAUUUAGUAAGCGUUCUU